CCCUUCAGGCGUCGACAUGAGCUCGGUUGGGUCGCUGGUGUCUGGUUUGUGUUCAGGCUAUGGAGGAAUAUAAAUGUGUAUAUAUAGCUCCUCCGAGAUAGGAAACGCUGUUGAAACACGAGAGCCUCCACAGGACCGUGAAUGGGGUAGAAGGAGGAAGCUGGCUCGCAUCGAUGACCAUUUUUCAUGAAGAAACCGCAAGCUUGUAAAGUAGUUUUGAUUAUUUUCUGCGCGUAACCGGUGCGUCUUUUACGCGCAGAUCGGAGGGAAAAUAUUGAAAGCCAAGGUUUAAGUUUCAAGUGGGUGUUUUUUUUCUUUUUCGGAGGAGGAGGGGGGCGUAAAAAAAAAAAAAAAAAAACCGUGGAGGUUUGCGUCAGCGAGGCUGUGGACACAAAGCCGCCACACUUGGGUUUAAUAUCAGAGGUUUGUUUUCCAAGUUGCGGCGUCCGGACGCACGCAUGUCACCGAUACGCGCCGCGUGUUUUUUUGUUAUUAUAAUCGAAACGCCUGCAGUCUGAAGACUCGUUUACCCUGCCCCACGGAAAGUAAAAAGCCAGGACGUUGUUGUGGGGGGGAUCAGAAGGAGGAGGAGGAGGUCUAGGAAGCAGCAGUAGACGGAGAGAAAGGUGUUGAGGAGGGAGAGAGAGAGAGAGAGGGAAGGCUGCAAAGAGCAACUCCGUAUUGUUCCGCGUUUGUUUGUUCUGCAGCCGUUCUGAAGACACGGUGCUUCUUUCGAGGUGCGACGAAAAGCUGAAACGCCGUCAAUUCUGGAUUUCUUUAUUCGCUUCCUGUCGUCCAGGAUGAGGUUCAAACGGAACGGGUCUUACACGUUGAAUAGGAAGUCGAAGACGAAGCCAAAUGGAAAGAAGCCUCCGGCAGAAGAGAAGAAGCAGUACCUGGAGCCGGAGUUCACAAAAAUACGCGUGGUGGACUUCGACCUCAAGGAGUUAGUGGUGCUGCCCAGAGAGAUAGACCUCAACGAAUGGCUAGCCAGCAACACAACAACAUUCUUCAACCUUAUCAACCUGCAGUACAGUACCAUCUCAGAGUUCUGCACUGGGGACACCUGUCAAGCCAUGACGGCCUGCAACACAAUAUACUACUGGUAUGACGAGAGGGGGAAGAAGACGAAGUGCACUGCUCCACAAUACGUUGACUUCGUAAUGAGUCUUUGUCAGAAACUGGUCACAGAUGAGGAAAUCUUUCCCACAAAAUAUGGUAAAGAGUUCCCUAACUCCUUUGAGUCCUUGGUAAAGAAGAUCUGCCGGUACCUGUUCCACGUGCUGGCUCACCUCUACUGGGCGCACUUUAAAGAGACGGUGGCUCUGGACCUGCAAGGCCACUUGAACACUCUGUAUGCACAUUUCAUCGUUUUCGUAAGGGAAUUCAACCUGGUCGACCCCAAGGAGACCUGUAUCAUGGACGACCUGUCUGAAAUCCUCUGCACCCCCGCCCCGCCGCCACCCGCGCAGGCCCCCUCCUCCUCGGCCCCCGCCUCAGCGCCCUCCCCUUCAUCACAAAACCACGUGACGGAGAGAUGAGCGGGGGUCCGCGGCGAGACGGCGGCCCCGGGGGGUGAUAGAAGAUAAGAUAGAGAAGAAGAAGAAAAAGACAAGCCUGGCCCCCUUCCUCGGUGCCAGCAGGACUUAGAGACCUUCCACUACCCCGUAUAUUUCGCUACGACACCAACCAGCCGGACGGAAGGGAGGGGAGGGUUUUCCAGGGGGUUGGGGGUGGUGGGGAGGGGUUUGUCACGCCAGCAGGAAUUGGCGUGAGCGUUCUUCCUCCCAGGGGCAAAUCCCUCCCAUCUUCUCUGCAAUUUAAACUAGGAACAAAAAAGUAUGUGUAUAUUUUAUUUUAUUUUUUUGGUUUUUGUUUCACUUUUAUUUUUGUUGAAGUUUUACUCAGUUUUUUUUUUUUUUUUUCUCAUCGUUGUUUCUCAGUCGGGGAGGGGGUGGGCGGUGUUUUAGUCGGCCCUUUCACCUCCCUUUAUCCUCUACCUAACAUACAGUACAGGAAGGGGGCUCUGCUUUGCUUCAACCUACUAUUGUACAGUGUUGUUCACGUGUGGAGAAGAGGCGUCCCCGCUGACCACCGGCCACAGCGCCGGCCAGUGGGGAGCCAAGUUACUGCCUGACGGGGAGGGGGGAGAUACUAGCCAAUCACUGUUUGGGUUGCUUAUCUGGGGGAUGAUUAAAGCGUUUCCUACUCAGGAACUGAGAGAAAAUGUCACUGCUGCCAGAGAGUCUACUCUCUUUUUUUCAUUCUCUGUCUCUAUCCCUUGUUCACCAGACUGUUCAAUCCUCUGUAUUACAGAUGUUGUUUGUGUAUAGUCACACAGUCAUAAUAACCACCCAGAACCAACCUGUAGUGGGCGACAGAGAGCCACAAAUACAGGGAGACAGAGAAGAAAAUAGAAAGAUUGUAUAUUAGAUAUUUAAUCUGAUCAGAGAAUCGAUGCUAUGAUGCCGACUGGUGUCCGUUUGUGGCUAAAUUAAAGCAGUUUGAUGUUCGAACUCUGCUGCAGCCCCUUAAACCACCAACACCCACCUACCCACCCAUCCACAGCACAAGAGAAGGACAAAGACAUGAGGUAAUGUCUGCAGGCCGAGAGGGAAACUCAAAGACAGAGACAGAGAGACGGGGGUGAAAGGGAUGGUGUGGAGCUGUUCAGUCACCAGUACUCCCAGUGCGAAACUAAACUCCUUUCUUUUUGUUCUUACAUGUCCAUGUAAAAUUUGUUU